GGUUUUAAUCACCUGUAAUGGGAGGAGCUGGUUAGUAAGUUCUGUGAAGGUGUUGUAAAACUUAGGGUUGCACGUUUACGGGGCAUUUGUUUUGGUCCCAUAGGCUUCUGAGGAAGUAGAAGGAAUAUUCGGUCUCGUAGGUGUUACUGGUGCAGGAGAAUCUGUGAAAAAUGGGAGAUGGCAAAGGAAGCCCAGCUGUUGUGGGGAUUUUGAUAUUUGGCAACGUGAUUAUCCUGCUUUCAGGCCUGGCACUCUUCUCAGAGACCAUCUGGGUGAACACAGAUGAAAGAUAUGUCUAUCCAAUCUUGGGAGUUUCUGGAAAGGACGAUGUUUUUGCUGGUGCCUGGAUUGCCAUAUUCACUGGAUUCUUCUUCUUUCUGCUUGGAAUCUUUGGUAUUUUUGCUUUAAUAAAAGGAAGCAAGACCAUGCUGGCGACUUAUCUCAUCCUGAUGCUGAUUGUGUACAUCUUCGAGUGUGCGUCCUGUAUAACCUCUUUCACACACAGGGACUAUAUGGUGUCUAAUGAUAGAUUAAUAAUGCAACAAAUGCUGAAGUACUACACUAAUCCCUCUCCAGAGGGUGUACAGUUAACUUCUCUGUGGAAUCGUUUGAUGCUGGAGCAAAACUGCUGUGGAGUUAAUGGCCCCCAAGACUGGGUUAGUUAUACUUCUACCUUCAGUAGUAAAUAUUCAGAGGACUAUGCACCUUGGCCACUUCAGUGCUGUGUUCGUGAUCGGAACUAUCUAAUAACUAACCAGGCUGCAUGUACCAUUGGCCACCAGAGCUACGUCCACACAAACGGCUGCUUUGAUUACAUCAGGACGGCUGUUAAUAACUAUGCUUGGGGAGUUUCUUGGUUUGGUUUUGCCAUACUUAUGUGGACUUUUCUGGUUAUGGGUUUAACCAUGUAUCAUUAUACCACCAUUUGAAAAAGACCAAAUCUGAGCAGAGGAGCCCAAGAAGGACACGAUUUUUAGUGGGAGACUAGUGUAUUGUAUGGAUAUUUUAUUCCAUUUAAAAAUCUAGUGGAAUUUUUCCCCACUGCUUUAGGAAAUCGUCAUGGCUCUGAUCUUCAAAGUGGACUGUGUUUAAGCUUUUUCUUGUUUCAAAUGAUGUUUCAGACUUGUUAACACCUUUGGCAUUUGAAUGCAAAAUUGCUUCUCUGAUGGAAUGACCUGUGCAGAUCAAUAAAAUGCUCUUUCCAUUAGUAAUUCAAGGAAGCUCCUUCCUUCAAUGUACACUUGAUAUGUACAGCAUUUUUAUUUCUAAGCAUGUUGCAAACCUACAGAGCUACACCAAACAGAUGUAAUGCCUUCAGAAGAAUAAGCCAUAGCUCUCUGACUUUACGGAUUGCUGGACUCCCAUGAUGGCUAAACAACAUUCAGGUGCAUCUGUUUUUCAUUGCUGCACGGAGCUGAAAUUUACAGCACUACUGUUGAUCAAAUUAAUUGCAUUUUUAAAAUGAUUUAUAUGACUAAGUUCCUGUCAUGUUACUACUUGUAGAUUGUAUUCCCCAAUAUUACUGAUUCGUUCUUGUGAUUUUAUAGAACAGGGAUGAUGCAUUAUGUUGUAUUAUGGGAAAAACUGUACUAUUUAUCCUGAAAGCAGAAGCCCUUAUAGUGUUGACCGUGCAUGAAACUUUAGUCCAAAUGUCAGUGUCUAAUUCGAACAGGAGUUGAGAUGCAGUACCUAAAGUGCCAGUGUUAAUGAACAAAAAACAUUUUACUUGUGGCAUUUUAGAUGAAACAAAGUUCCAGAACUUCACAUUACAUUUGCAAAAUCACAAAGUAGCUACUGUCUUUGGGGAAAAAAAAACUGCCAUUAUUUUACUGGAUAAAUUACCUGAAGCCAUAACAGCAUUUUUCUUACAGUACCAUACAUUAACAGUCAUUUAUGCUGGUAUCCCACUAACAAAGUAUUAUGCAUUCAGAGAAAAAGAUGCACAAGACCUCUCAUACCUACAGGAUUGAAUUUCUGCCACUGUACAUUUCCAGUAAUGCAAAGGCACUGUCAUUGUACAGAAGAUAUCUGCUUUGGCAUAAUAUGAAUUUCUGGUAUUUGUAUGCAAGCCAUGCAUUUUGGUGUUUUGAUGACAGAAAAUGUUUUGUACUUCAUAUACUGCAUCCUGACUACCCUUCCCUUGGUUUUUUUUAUCUUGGUAUAUUUGGAUUUCUGUGGUUUCUUAGGGCUUCGCUGAUUUGAUUUGCUGUGACCCUGUAUUUUAUUUGAUUGUGAACCAAGAUGCUUCGUAAUGCUGCUUUAAAGUUGUAAUGUUAUAAACUUAAUGCGACUUGUAGAAUUUCUUGCUUGGCAUUGUUUUAAUAGAGAAUAUUUAGCUCCAAAUACCUUUUGUAUAGUGAUAUUAAAGUACCUGUGGCAUUUUUAGGAAGCAAUCCUACAGCAAAAUAAAAAAAAUGUUCUCUGGAAUGAAGGACAAAGAAUUUUUUUUAUUAUUUUUAUGCUGGCAUUUCUCAACUGGAGAAUGCUACAGAAAGGGCAACAACAGUAUAUUUAUAGUAACCAAAUCUUUAGCAAAUGAGUACAGUACUAAUAUAACUAAUUUUUCAGAGUGAAUGUUUAACAUUACUGGGUACACUUUUUUUUUUUUUUUUUUUUUUUUUAUGGUUUAGGAUGGAGAGCAGAGCUGUUCAAUGAAAUCUUUGCCACUGUUUUGAAAGUAAAACUGAAAAAAACGCAACUUCCAUGUAAUGAAACUUUUAUCCUAAGAACUUAAUAAAGUUGUCAGUCUAACACA